AAAUUUGGGGCUGUACAAAUAAAAACUCUUCUAGUUAAACUAAUGGGACGAGAUUCAUUCUGAGGAACUAAUCACUACAUUCCCUGUAACAUUUAUGAAAAAAAUGUUAUUACUGAAAUUAAAGAGAAAUAACAUUUGACAUAUUUUAAUUUACUUAGAUAAAGCUUACACGACUUCAUAUUUAUUUAUAAAUCCAGAUGUCAAAUAUAUUCUACUCAAUGGCAGCACAGUAUAAUGCAGCUUCACAUUUUAAAAUGUCAAAAACAAAUAACAAUUAAAUCAACUUAGAAUAACAAAUUUAUUGUACUAACGUAGCUAUUUUUCUUUAUGAAUAAACUUGCUCAAGUUUCUUAUAAAAUAAAACAAGUGUAUGAAAUCGCUUGAAUCCGCUUGAAGCUUAGUAUCAGCUUUUUUGGAAUGGAUUUGGGAACGAAAAGCAAUUUGAGAAAUCAAUGCCUGACAUUGUCCAAUAAUAAACUCAUUGCCUCUCCAAAAACUCCAAACCAAAAACUAAAUUCACUUAAAAAAAGAGCUGCUAACACAGAAAACUCUCCUUCCGCUCUAACUCCGGAAAAUCGCAAAUUCAUAAAUAUAGUCGAGGAGGAGUCCCCUACACAAAAUUACUAUGAAUUUUGUACUCUUUCACAAAAAAUGUUAAUAGACGAGGACAGAGAUGUUGUUUGGAAUUGGGAAAAACAUAAAAAUUUAUCAGAACCUAGAAACAAAGUCAACAAUUCGAAAGAAUGUAGAGUAAAAGCGAAAUUAUUAUCUAAUAUAAAUCAAGAAAGAAAAAGAGCAAAACCUAAUUAUUCUUGCAAGGGGCUAUACAAAUUGCAAGCUCUUCAAAAGGAGAAAAAAUCCAUAAAUAAAGAUGUUCAAAAUUCAUUGAAUCCUCUUCUAUUAAAUAAGGAUAAAAUAGCAGAGUACAGGACUGAGGGGCGAGAAAUUUUGAAAGAAUCCCAUUCAAAAAUCAAAAGCUCAGUUGAUAGUGGAAUUGAAAGCACCUCAAAGAAUUCUAGGCCAGACGAAAAAUCUAUAAAAGACCUGUUCUGUGAUGAAGAUGAUUCUAUUUUGUUUAGACAUAGUCAAAAACUUGAAAUAUGUAAUGAACAUGCUAAUAAGGCAGGAACUUCUUCCAUUCAACAUGUACAAAGCAACAAAAAGAUUAAUAGAGUUGAGAACUUAAAAUCGGAAAGCUUGAAAAAAUCUUUUCCAGAUGAAAGUCAGACUGCUCUUCAAAAAGAUGACUCUUUUGAUGAUUAUUUUUUGUCAAUUGACCUUUCCUCCAUAAAUGAUAAUAAACGAUUUCAAAGACAUAAUUCAAUGCCUUCUAAUUGUAAUGAAAAUAAAUCCAGUGACGCUAGGUUUCCACGCCAUGUUAGCUCUGACGAUUUUUCCAAAGAAAGUACCUCAACAAGGGAAGCGCUAGUUAUCUCGCCAAUAAGUGAUAUUACAGAAAUAAGCGUGGAGUCUUUUGAUAGCGCUGCGUCGUGUCAGGUAACUGUAAACAAACCUACUAACCGCUGCAGUAAAGAGGAAGUUGAGGCUAAACGAUUAGAAGCGAAAAGGAAGAGACUAUUAAGAAUGAAUAAAAUUUCAAAAUGAUAAUUGUAAUUAAAUUGCGAUGAAAAAAUAAAAUACAUUAUGUAUACUUGAUUUGUUAGAAAAUUUAAUUAAAAUAAGAAUAAUUAAAAUGAUUUUUAUGUUCAGGAAUUUAUAAAAAAUCAUUGCUUGAUGGGAACACCAACUUUUUAUUAUCAUUAUAAUUAUUAUUAUUUUCUUAAGUUAUUUUUGUAAAUGUCAUUUUUAUUCCAAGAAUAAUAAAAUUUGUCCUUACGUAAGAAAUUAAGCGAUAAUAAAAUAAUACAAG